UCCCUCAAGUACGACGCUUGGAGGCUACGCCUGGACAAUCGAAGGGCUUGACGGUUUCCUCCUCUCCGUCAUAUCCAAAGUCGGCCGUCGACGAUGAAUCUGCUACGUCGAUGCUUUGGACGAAUCCGACGAGAAACAGGUCAGGUCGAUGGUGGCGGGCUUCGAAAGCCUCGGACAACGCGCUGCCAGGUCUGGCAACGUGGCCCGGCUCCGGCUUCUCCUCGAUCGCGGCGCCAAAGUUAACACGAGAAACGAUGCAUGGGUUACGAGGAUUCGCCUCUCAUAUUAGCUAGCCGCGGUGGGUGGGGUGCCAGCGUGCAGCUGCUCCUCGACAGGGGGGCCUUCGCCGAUGUAAGAGACUGCAAUGGUAGGACGCCACUGUGGAACGCUGCUAGCCUCGGGCACCGAGACGUCGCGAAGCUUCUCGAUUCGGGCGCUGAUGUCGAUUUGAAAGACUCGGGCGGUCACACCCCGCUCUGGGCUGCGUGUGCUAGCUUGGUCGAGAACGAGGUCGGGGAGACAACAGGAAUCCAUGUGCCGCUCGAUCGAAUUGCCAGCGCCAUUGCCAUCGACACUUAUGCCAGCGACAUUGGUGCUGGCGGCGACGUUGAUGCUAGCGAUGACGUUGAUGCUAGCGGCGACGCUAGUGCCGCCGAUAUCGACUGGACGGGUAACCAAUACUGUGCACUACCGUCACCAGCCGCCACCAGUCAUAGACGCUUGGGUGUCGUGAAACUGCUCCUUGACGAGGGCGCUGAUAGAGAAUCUAUGCUUCUCAAUGCGGUAACUUAAAGUUUCAUGGCUUCCAAAGAGCUAGAAUUCUAGCUCCAAAACAAUGUGCGUGGC